CAAAGAUGGCGGCCGAGGAUGACACCUAUCAGACAACUUCCUUGUCAAAUAUGUUUUCUACAUCAGCAUUUAGUCCUGAAAAAUAUGUCCAUGAUUUAUCGUCGGUUUGCGAUACCGAUGCAGAGUUGCAAGAACAUAGAAAUCAAAUCCAAGCUUUGAGUGAAGACACUGCUAUUGCACUCAAGAAAAAUGUUUAUAAAAAUUAUAUACAGUUCAUUGAGACGUCCAAAGAAAUAUCUUACCUUGAAGCUGAAAUGUACCAAUUAAGUCAUUUACUGGCUGAACAAAGAGCCCUAUUGUCUGCCCAGCAAGAACUGUCACUGUUUGGUAAACAAAACAUGAACUCAACUAACAAGCCACUAAAGAAGGAAGAAAAAGCCAGCAGUUCCAUAGAAGCAGUGGAAGGGCUUUCAAGUAUUCUAGAUAUUACCGACCUUCAGUGCAUCUAUGAAGGAAGUCUUGUUGAAAUUGACACGCAUACCUUUCAACCCAAACAAAAAUUCCAUGCUUUUCUCCUUCAUGAUUGCAUGGUUAUUGCCAGCUCCAUCCCCAACAGGCGUGGUCCAGUUAGGUACAAAUUCCAAUCAUUGUUUGAACUGGAGAAUAUUGCUGUGGUCAAUGUCAAGAACUCUGAAGGUGUAAAAGAUGCAUUCAAAAUCCUGUUGUUUCCUGAAACACAUAUCUACCAAACUGAAAACUCUCAGCUCAAGACUGAAUGGUUGUCAAAUAUUGAAGAUAGCAAAAAGAAUUUCAAGCUGAAAUUAGAACAGGAAGUGCAUGUGACUGCUGCACCAGAAACACCUCCAGUCCAAAAAAAGAAAUCAGUGACAAGCAUUGAUCUGCUAAACCCUUUUAUGAAUGAUAGUGACGACAGCUUCAAUCCUUUUAAAGAAGACAGUUUAAAUCCUUUCCUUGAAGAUGCAGAUUCAAAGUCAGAUGUUACCAGAAAUCCAAAGCUAUACAAUGCAAAAUGUCCUAACAACAAAUUGCUAACCCCUAUCAGACAAUUGAAGAUCGAAGGAGCCACUGCAUUAUAUAUCACAAAGCUGUCCAACGUCUUCUUCACGAGUCUCAUUGAAACGGGCAAGGAGUUUCAAAAAGCCUUCGCUGGUAGUUCGGGAUUUUGCUCAGCAUUUGUUGUGUGGGCAAAUGCCGAACUUCAAAACUUUGUUGUGCGUUUUGCCCGUCAAGUAUUUCAUCGCAACAUCGGGCUCACUGCUGUUGGGGUUUGUGUUGGAAUUGCAUCUGAGAACUGUGAAAAGCUCAAUGAGAUUGGACUGGACCUUAAGUUCUCCAUGCAGCAUAUGUUAUUGAAGGACCUGAUGGAGGCGCUGUUUGAUUGUAGAGAUCAGUUAGUAGCUGCAGCUAGACAAAGAGUUACAGAAGAACACUGGCAGCCAAUAGUACACGAGAACCUGACUACAUUAAUGGGUGAAAUGGAAAGCUGUGGCAUUAAAGGCUUUCAAAGCCACAUUAUUGAUGGUGGUCGUAUUAAUCUCAGUAGUGCUACUGUUGCUUUCACUAAAAGUAUCGCUGGCUUUUUAGAAGAUGGAUUAAGAGUCAAUACUCCAGAGUUACAUGGAGUACUCGUGGAUUGUGUUGCCGAUCUGUUCAAGAAUCAAGUUGUUCAAUUUGAAGCCACUUUAAAGUCUUCCCACUUUUCUCAGCAGAGGCCCUUUAUAUUAAAAAACGCGUCUUUCGUGUUAGAGACUGUCCUGCCAAUUGUAAAAAAGAAAUUAAAGCGACAAACUGGACACGACCCUGCACGAAUUGCAGAAUUGGAACAAGAACUGCCAAGAUUAAAGAGCUUGUCAUACAAAUGAUGCAAAAACUAAAGAAAUCGCUUUUGCAGCUCAUAACAAUUUCAAAAAAUGAAAAAAUAAUAAUAAAUUGAAUAAGAUUAUAGGCGCGACAAAUACUGAAUUCGGUCGUUGAACAACCGACAACAAAAAUUUGUUUUUCACGCCGCAUAUCACACGUGACGAAUUAUAUAAAAAGACUAAAAAGAGCAUAGGCAACCCAACUACUGCUCAAGAGAAGAAAAGAACGAGCUGCGCACGCGUUUAAUUUGUUUAGAUUUAUAUAUAAUACCUGCAGUAUUACGUUACGAUCCCGUGCCUCGAGGAAUACAAACAAGAGACUUGUUUGUAUCCCACGAGGCACGGGAUCGCGAUGUGAUACCACCGCAUUUUACCAAGWSCGCGCGUCGAUAAAUAAAUUAAAAGCGUGUUCUUUUCUUCUCUCAAGAAAYAGUUGGGCAGCCUAUGAAAAGAGCACACGAACGUGUCACUCAAGUCUUGAAAGAACGAGAGAAGUAAACCAAGAAGACAUUUUGCACAUUUUUCGCUCUAAUCUCUGAUCCCGUGUUUAAUGACUUWCAUGAGUAGGUCUUUAUGUGAAAAUUUAUUAGUGAUAAAUUACUGGAUUCGAUUUGCUUAAAUAUUUACAAAUUAUUACUACAAAAUUUUAACAUCAUUUAUCCAAAAUAAAGUAAACUUGAAAUUA